AUGUCAGAGGCCAUAUCUUCAUUAGUCGUUCUGUUUCCGAAUGUCAACGAAUCAGUACUUGAAAAAACUCUAGAGAGUGCAAAUGGCGAUGUCGGCGUUGCCUGCAACAUGAUUCUGAGUGAACAAGAAGCCUUAUGUCACUCCAACGAAGAUGAGCUUACCAAUGAAGUUCUCCCCGUAGAAGCCGAAACAAAGGAUUCUAGGAAGACAGAAAAUACCUCCCGGUCUCCAAACUUGGGCCCAGUCAAUUUGAAAAAGCGCUUAUAUAGGCCGAUCCAUUCUUUUGAGAAGCUACAGCCAACUGGUUGUUUAUCAAACAAAGCUGCAAACACUAAGGCAUGGAAUGCAUCAGCCGACCACAUACGCGAGAUUGUAGAACACACUGAUGUGCCAAAGAAUAUCGCACAGAUCGCUUAUCAUAAACAAGCGUUGAACCCUGCUAGGGCAAUAAUUGACAUCAUAUAUCACUUUUCAAGCCAUGUCUUCAGAGUUGAAGCACCUACCUCACAAUCAGGUGGCCCUGAAUCUACCACGGCUUACCCAAGUACAUCUAUUCUUGGAGUGGGUGGACGCGUACAAUCAACUCGCGGUCUCGCGCAUCGAAAGGAUAUGAACUUUGGAUUUAAAGAGCGAUCUAAUGAACAAGGAGAUGAAGCUCACAAUAGGCUAGACACAAAGGAGCUCGAUAAGGAUAAGGGUGAUUCAGAAAGUUUAAUCAGAGCCAGCUACGAGUUGAAUUUGACGAUAGCUAGCAAUCCACCACUUAAGGCCAUAAAUCCGUUAUUUUGGAAGACUGCAUUGAGGUUUUACCGUGGUGAUAUUUUAAGAACAACUUUAGUUGGCUCAUAUAUCCUCAAUAACAACUCUUCUCAGUACACUUUCAUUGACGCUGUGGCUAAGCAAACAUCUUCUGGCUUUCCCGAAUCUACCACGGGCACUAAAAAAAAUGUGACCUCUAAACUGCGGCCACCCUCUUCCACGUCAGACAAACAAUCUAUUUCACAAAGCAGCUUUGAUACCAAAGAUAAGUACGCAAGGGCAUUGCAAAUUUUCGACGACUUAUUCAAUACUCAUUCCGCUGAUCUGCACGGUUUCUACCCACAGGAAGCGAAAGCGGUAGCACAAGCUUGCUUGGAAACUUGGUGGGAAGAGGAAAUUAGCUUACGCGAGAUCAAUGCUGAUCGUGCUAGGCUUAUAAGGGCCCAAAACAUCGCCCCAAUUAAGAUCAUUACAGGACGUGGCCUGCACAGUGUGGGAGGUAUUUCAAAAGUGCGAAACACAAUAAAGAGUUUUUUAGAUCAAUACAACUACGUCUACACCGAAGAGGCAUCGUACUUUGUGGUUGAAGGGCGGCGUACUGUAAAAUUGCCAACCAGGAGUCGAUGA